AUGAAGGACAAUAGCGUUCCUCUUUACACUUCGCCCCAAUUGGGCCAGACGGUGACAAACUAUGCGGAACAACACUCAACAGCGUUGCCCAAGUAUAUCACCGAUUAUCAUGCAGACAUCUCUGCUAACCGUGAUGACUCAAACUACAUGAGCUCUGUGUUCCAAUCUCAGUACAAUACAUUUCUGGUCAAGUCCACUGGUGCCAAGAGGGUCCUUGAAAUUGGCGUCUAUGUUGGGUUCUCCGCCCUUGUCUGGGCUGAUGCUGUCGGUCCCGAUGGGCUUGUUACCGGGUUGGAAUUUGAGCCUGAGUAUGCUGAAUUGUCCAAGAAAGUCUUUGAGGCAAACGGCGUCAAGAAUGCAGAGAUCAUUAUCGGUUCCGCUUCUGAAUCUCUCCCCAAGCUCAACCCCUCUGAGCCUUAUGACCUUGUCUUUAUAGACGCGGACAAGACUGGCUAUCCUGGAUACCUGAAACAACUUCUCGAACUAUCGAAGCCCGGUAGUUCCAGCAGGCUUCUUCGCCCAGGAACGCUCAUUGUCUCGGAUAAUGUCCUGCGUCGAGGCUUGGUUGCCGAUGACAAGGCACUCGGUGACGAUGAGCUUCCGGGAGACCAGGUGGAAAGCAUCUUGGCUAUUCGAGAGUUCAACGACAUGGCGCUGAAGAGCUCUCGGCUUGAGACGUUUGUUCUGCCCUUGUGGGACGGUGUUAAUAUCUCCCGUCUGGUUGAUUAG